AUGAUGUUUACCUCAGUUGCAGUGGCGACGACAUGCCGAGGAGUUGAAAAUUCAAGAUUUUCAAUCCUUGUUCUUUCAAGAAAAUACGCCCAUUCCAUACGGUGCUUGAAUGAGCUUGAGAAGAUCGUUAAAUGCAGGAAAGAGAUGGGACAGGCAGUUCUGGCGGUUUACUUCGACGUGGAUCCAGCUGAGGUGCAAAAACAGGGCGGGAAUUUGGAGCACGUUUCCGUAGACCAUAUAAAGAAAGUGUCAAAUUGGAGUGCUGCUCUUCUUGUAGUACCCAGUCUCCCUGGCUGGCAUGCACGAGAUCGUGCAAUAGAAGUCCUCAUUGAGAAUUCCCUCGUAACUAUUCUAGACAAUAAAGUGAUGAUGGAUAGGUUCAUACAAGAAACUGGGCAAGAAAUUGUUAGUGCCGAGUCUCUUGGGGAGCGUGGUAAGCAAAGCAGAUUGUGGCUUACUGACGACAUUCUUGAUGUGUUGGGGAACAAUAAGGGCACAGAUGCAGUUGAAGGCAUUGACAUACACUUUCCUGAACUCGAAGAGGCACAAUGGAACGAAGAGGCCUUCUCUAAUAUGCCUUGUCUUAGAUUUCUCCGCAUUAAGAUUAUGGAGAGAGAGAGAGAGAGAGAGAGGAGAGAGAGAGAGGAGAGAGAGAGAGAGAAAUCAGAUUUUUAUCAAAACCCUUUUCGCCGAAAUUAUGAUUAUGCCACUGAUGAUGUUUUGCUCGUAAUUUCUUUGUCACAGCUCCGAUUCAAGCCCAUUACAUGUCUACGGACUCAUCUCGCCGUGCUCUACGCAACGGUAUAA